AUGACGACGACAUCCGACCCGAAUCCAAUGACAACCCAACGAGGCGCGGCGCCGCUGACGACCGUCUUCACGACGCCAGACUUUUGCAAUUCCCUCUACUGGACAAACACAAUCACACCGCCCCUCUCGAGCGUGGUAUGCAUGCCGACAUCAUGGCACCAGGUCAACGACUACAGCUGGGGCUACUACUCCCCCGGCAUCUGCCCGUCAGGCUACACCGAAGGCUGCGCGUUCCCGACCUCGCUCGCGACAUCAAAGGACGGCGCCGUCGGCAUGGGCGGGCCCGUCACCGUCGGCGAGACGCCUAGGCUAUGCUGCCCGACGGGGUACGUCUGUUAUACAGACACCAAGAGCUACGGGUACAGCAAGUGCAUCUCGACGAUCCCGACGACGUCGUUUUAUAAUAGCGAUAAUCAGCCUACCUCGCAGCUGGCGCUGGUGUACGCGGUGCAGGUGCGGUGGGCGAGUUCGGAUUUGAGUAUUUUGGAGACGGAUCCGACG